GCGUGUGGCUGUGGCGGCUGCUGCUCGGCUGGGCCGCGAAGGGAAGCCGCUUCUCCUCCGUCACUGCCGCUGUUUCUACCGACCUGUGCCACAGCCGGGCGGGGAAGGGGCAGCGCGGGGAUGGCGGUGUCAGCGCGCAAGAGCCGGCGGCUGCUGAGAUUGUGUGACGUGGGCGCCGCGCUGAGGGAAGUGUGUGUGGGUGACAGGAGUGGGCUUUGCACCGUGGGGAAGAGAGGGACGGGGCGGCUGAUACACCUCCCCCAGGCGCCUUCGCCUCGGACACGCCGCUGCCAGCCCGGUGUGGGAGCAGCGCCUGCUUCCCCCGGCUCCCAGGUGUGUCCUGGCGCCGUGUAAGGGGCGCUGGGCUCUGCGCCUUGUGACUGCCGUACCCACGCCGUGCAAGGAAAGCCAGCCAGUUUCCCCGUCUGUAGGUUCUGCCAAAUAGGCCUUAUUUUUCCGUUGUGGAAAGGUAUUGUACAGGUGGAGUUAAAGGCUUUGAGUUAGUUCAUGGAACCUUCUGGAUGUUUCAUUUGUCAGUUAAAAUGAUACAUAAGUCUGGCAUCCCCGUGUGCCGCCUCAGGUUCAGUGCUUAUAACCAGUUCUUUAUAGAAAUGAUACAGACCCGAAUUUGCCCUGUUCAAGAGGUGAGAGUGUCAGAGAGACUGUGCUUCCCUUAAGCAUACUUGCUCUGUCCUCACCAAGGACGCAGGUGGAUAUGCUUUUACAUGCAGCUUCACUCUCUCCAAGGUUAGUGAGGGAAAGUCUGUUAGAAAUUAGCAAAAAAGACUAUUCAUUUGUGAGACAGUGACAGAGCAGCAUUUUCUGUUGUAGGACAUCUUGCCAUGCAGCAAGUAUUCACACGUUUGCUGUUUUAAUUCCACAUCAGGAAAUGGGAUCCGCUUAAACACCAUCCCUGAAGAAGAUGAGGACAUAGAAGCUAAUAAAGUAACUUUUUUUUUUGGCUCAAUACUGCUUUUGAGUGGAGGCAGAAGGACUGGGGAAUGAUUAGUAGUAAUGUCAUACCUGCUUUCUAAUGUACAAAAAUUGAGCUCUAAGAAGCUGGAGGUAUGCAUAAAACACAUGCAUACCUAUGCAUAAAUCUUGAGAGGAGGAGGGAACAUGGUACCAGUUCUGAGGAAGAGAGAGAGUUGGAUGGCCAUGUUUCUUCCCCUUCUGACAGUAAUGCUUUCUUCCAGGUACUAAAGUCAAGUGCGGACAAUAACAUCUCCUUGGUUUAGCCUGCUUGUGAUUGAGAAUGGCAGGUUUCCCUUCCUUUGGAUGAUAGAUGCUUCAUGCUGAAAAUACAGUCAGGCUCUUGGAGUAUCAGGAUGAAAUCAGAAUUGAACCAUAUUCUAAAAGAAUGAAGUCAACAGAAGAGGCUUGUGGGGAACUCCCUGUUGAUGAUGACAAAUGUACUCAGAAAAAACUGGAUGUUGAGAGAAAAUCAAAUGAUUGCAUACCUAUGUGUGCCUUGGAUAACGAAGGGCAACGUGAAAUGGAGAAGCAAGAGAAAAUACCUACUGGUGUCUUAAGAUCCUUGAAUGAAGUUCUCUCUGAAAAUAAUCCAGUACUUAGUCAGCCAGUUGAUUUAGAAACUGUGCAGAAUAUAAAUCCUCCAUUUGAAUCAGUAAAUUACUUUAAAGUUGAGGAAGAGAAGGACCCUUUUAGUACAAAUAAUUCUGGUGAAGAUAGUGUUGAAAAAAGCAGUACAUCAUUCUUAGUAAAUAGAAAUGAAUCAGAUGAAGACUUUUUUACAAGCAAAGAUUUUAUAGGACCUAUUUACAAGCCUACUAAAAGUAACAAAAAGGACAAAUCUGCCAAUUACAAUGAAUGUAGGAACACUGGAGGAGAUGAGAAUGAAUUACAUGAAAACAGAUGUAAAAGAAAGGAGGCAGAGAAGAUGCAGGCUGUUUCUGCCACUGUACCAGAAAUAGAUGAUGAACUGGAUCAGUUCUAUAAAGAAAUUCACCAGUUGGAAAAUGAAAAUUUAGAUACUAAUGUUCAGGAAAAAGAAACUGAAAUUUCUCAGGAACAACACUCUCCUUUUAACUCUAGUCAAAGCUCACAAGAGAACUAUCAACCUGUACUUUUGGGCAGUCCACAGCCACAUUAUGAGAAUGGACAGUGUUCUUUGGGGGAACGGAACAGUCAGAACACAAACAAUGAGCAGAAGUUAGUUGUGGAAACAGGUGUCUGGAAAACUGGAAAUACCUGUAACAAUGGCCAAGUGGAUUCUUGGAACUGUUCAGUGCCUGAAUUCAGACCUGCUUGGCAGACUAGAGCAUCUUUCACAAAAUCUCAGGGACCUUUUCCUCCUAGAUUCAAUCAUCAAUCCCAUUUUCAGAUAUUUAAUUCCCCACCACGAGUCUCAAAUGUUCCCCCUUCUCAGAAUGAGGGACUUCCUUAUGAAAGUUACCAUCAUUACCAUGGAAAUACUGAUAUCAACAGUCAUGGUCCAUUGCUUGAUCAAAAUACCAACUAUUCUUGUCAUACUGACAUCCAUACUACUCAGGUCUUCAGGAAUGGGAAUAAUGAUCAGAAUGGACUCCAAAGUAAUGGUUUCUGUGAAACCAGAGAGGAGUGUUGGAAGGAUCCAAAAGCUGACAGUACAGAAGGUGUGCACAGCUUUUCUUCAUUGCAAUUAUCAGAAGAAAGAUUCAGUUCACAGAAAUUGCUUCUAGUCUUAAGAGGCCUACCAGGUUCAGGGAAAACAACACUUUCUCGUGUUCUGCUUGGUCAGAGUCAUGAUGGCAUUGUGCUCAGCACUGAUGAUUAUUUUCGUCAGCAGUAUGGAUACUCCUAUAAUGCUGCUCAGCUUGGUGAUGCCCAUGAGUGGAACCGGAAGAGAGCAAAGCAAGCAAUGGAGCAGGGAAAAUCUCCAGUUAUAAUAGAUAACACUAAUACUCAAGCCUGGGAAAUGAAGCCAUAUGUGGAAGUGGCUCUAGAAAAAGGAUACAGAGUGGAAUUUCAUGAGCCAGAUACUUGGUGGAUGUUUGAUCCAGAGGAAUUAGAAAAGAGGAAUAAGCAUGGGGUCACUCGUGAGAAGAUUGCUCAGAUGUUGGAACGAUACGAAUAUCAAAUAUCCAUCCCUAUUGUCAUGAAUUCAGUGGUACCUCCCCACAAAAACACUCAAAGACCACCUCUGCAGAGAAGACAUAGAACCCAUUUGAGCAAGAACCCUGGCUACCUGUUAACAAAAGCAAAACAGAAGAAAAAGAGAAAAAGAAACAAAACAGUGAAAAGUAAUUUUACAGAAAUUACAAAGAAAAUGUUGUGUGGAGUAGCUCAUCAUCCAAUUCCAGGUGACCAUGAUGGAUCAGAAAGUGAAGAGGAUGAUUUGGAAGAAGAAAACAAAAAAUCAUUGAGUACAUUCAGCAAAAGCCCAGAGGAUCCAAUAACAGUUUGUGAGGAGCAGCCUAAGAGUGGUGAUGAAAGGCUAAAGGAAGCUGCAGGGUUUCCAGGAGAGAGUUUUCUGGUCACUGUGCCUGAGGUCUCAGUGGUGUCAAAUAGUGCAUGGAAAAAUGAAUUGCCUGUAGAAAGUGACAGUUUGCUUUUGAAAGAUGUAAAACCUUUUUGUACUGAAAACCUAACCAAAAAUGGAUUAGAUGAGGAAGCAAAGCUAUGGCACAAAGACAAUCUCUGCAGUUUCCUAACCAUAACCAACGAUAAAAAUUCCACCCAGGAAACAGAAGGCAUUUCUGAAGACUGUCAUAUGUCAUUGUUAAGCACAGAAAACAAACUGGGAUCAUGUCAAAUUACAUGUGAAUCUGACUUGGAAGCCAAGCUGGUAAGUUUAAACAGUGAAGAAAAAGAAAUCUCUCAGUGUUACGAUUCAAUUCUACUUGAUGAGACGUCUGAUAACACACAGGGCAAAUGUCCAUUAAAACCAGAAGAGACUAGCUCCAAUGCCUGGGCUUUUUUUUCAAGUAAUUUGUCUACUGAGGAGUUGCAGAUGGGCUUCAAUACUCAAGUUUCUCUCUCUCCUUGCUCUGAGGAUAAAUUUGUAAGUGAACAAAGAUCUCAAAAAGUGAGGAAACAGACUCACACAAACAGUUCAGCAGAGCUAAACUGCUAUCAGUCAAAUGAGGGAUUGGUAUCGGAGAACCAUCAUGAAACAGAAACUGAGGAAGCUGACAAUGUAAUAAGCAAUGGGCUGUCUGUGUCUCCAACUGGUAAAGGGCACUUUGAUUCCCUAGUGGAAGCCAGGGCUACCUUCAUACAGGGUUCAAGUGAAGUAAAUGUGCCAAUUGAUGCUACACCAAUGAUGUUGAAGAGGAAGAGAUACAGAAGAAUUGUUAACUUAGCACCAAAGUUUAACCUACCAAGACAGAUCUUUGAUCAUGCAGAGGGAGGGAAGGAUGUCUGUAUAAGAGAAGAUAUUCCCCAAGAUAGUGUUUUGGAAGUGAGGCAAAACCACUUGGUAAGUGAGAACUGUGGAGAAGCACUUGAACAGGACCAUGCAUUGCAGGAAUAUUCCUUACCCACUCCGGAAGCAGAUGCUCUAUUAUGUAAUAUUUCUUACGUUCAUUCAGGACAAUGUUCUCCUAUAUCAAAAUACGCCUCCAGGGUUUGUGUAGAUUCCAAAACAAAGGAGGAGCAAGCUACAACUCUUCAGCCACAACAGGUAGUUAAUAAAAAAGAGGACGAGGGUGAACACACUUCUUCAGAGGUUACAAAUGGGCAACCAGAUAUUCUGUCUUCUGUUAAAGCUGUUUCUGAAUAUCUAGAAGAUUCUAAUACAUUGGCAAGCUGCAAUGAAAAUGCAAAUGGAGCAGAUGACUCUGAGCCAGCAAAGGCAUCACAGCUUGAAGAUUAUCAAGAUGCAGAUAUGAAAUACAGUUUUCUGGGACUUCCUUUAUCAUUAGGAUUUGCUUUUCAGCUUGUGCAGCUCUUUGGUUCUCCAGGUCUUCCACUGGAAUCCUUGUUGCCAGAUGAUUAUAUAGUUCCCCUUGACUGGAAAGUUUCAAAGAUGAUCUAUUUACUGUGGAAGACCUCUGUGGAGGAAAAACAGAAAACAAACGGAUUGCAGAAUGGUGAUGGCUUGACUGAUGAUAUUAUUAGUCUUGAAGAUCUAAAUAAAAAUCACCAAGAGAAUCAAGACUCUUCUGAAACACUGUCAGACAUGGAGCUGUGUCAAGAUGUGAUAGAAGAGAACAUCAUAACCUGCACUGGCUGUCUGGAUGCUGCAUUUCAUCAGUCAUGAUUGACUGUCUUAAAUUCCUUGUGAACAAACAGAAACUUCUCACUUUCUUCACACCAUGGAAGGACUUCAGUUGGCCACCAAGAAUUUUAAACAUGAGGGAUAACCUGGAAGAAAGAAACCACUGUGGAUUUUUUGGUGUACAUCUUUGGCCUCCUCCCCCCAACACUACUCUCCAAUAUCAACCUCCCUGUCCAUGUAAUAAUGAUCAAAAUUGAGAUAACUUUGUGUAUGGCAAAAUGUCAUUUUCUGAAGGCAUUUGUGGUUUUACGUUUUCUCAGUACAUCCUCAAGUGUGGUAUAAAAAGAUUGAGAGUGGAGACCAGAGACAUCUGUCCCUAUGGGGUGUGAGCUUCAGGCUGUGGUAUUUAAUUCCCUUGUAUCAGGAUCCAGGUUAUCACCACAGAAGCAGUGAGUGAUGCUCACAUGCAGGGAAUGGUGCUUGAUACAUGUCUCAGCCUCCUUCUGCCUUCACCCUCAGUCACAAUUGCACCCAGUCCCUUUACAACCUCAAAUGGUAAAAAUAUUCAUCUGUCAUUCCUAUUCACUCAUCCAGGGGUGCACAACUCCCCUGCUUUUCUCCUGAAACCAGGCUUCAUGCUUCCCCUCAGCUAGACUCAUUUGGGAAUGCGGGACCACAGAAACAAGAACAUUUCACUAUAGAACUGAUGCAAAGACACUGGAGCAAGGGUGUGUAUAGUUUGUGGUAGACUGAGAAGAUGUGUAACUAGCACUGGUAACCAGUGAUUUGAUGUUUCUGUUAGGGGUGUUGGAAAUAUUUAAGUAUGUAGAGAUAGACAAAUUAUAAUUAAUUAUAAAGAGCAACCUCUGUCAAUUAUGAGGCAUGCAUAAGGCUGGACACUUCCUUGUAGGGAGAAGGAGUGACAGAAAAGACAACUGUCACCUCCCUUACCAAAAAAAGUGUGAGAAAAGAUUGAGUAGAAGCAGGAAACUUGGCUGUGUCUACUCAUCAGAAAUAAUAUUUCCCACUUGUGCAGUUUGCAGAUCCAGAAUAUUUCUCCAUUUAUUCUUUCACCUCUUCUUCCUCACCUUUCCCUGCAUGUGUUUAUACAGCUGAAGAGCCAGGACUCGACUGAACUUGUGCUGAAGCUUCACCAUGGUUGAAUUUGCCAAUGUGUCUCCACUUUCUACUUAAGUACUGCAUCUACAUGACAGCAGUUAACAAUGUAUGUAUUUCUAAAUUCAUGUUGUACCACUGUAGCAAUUUUCUGGCUGCACUGUUUGAAUGCAUUUCCCAUGUAUAUGUGUGUGUCCUCCUUGGCUGGAAAUGUCCUGCUCUCCUACCAGCAGAACAUUAUACAAAAUGUGUGAGGGAGGAGGAAGGGACUUCAUACCCGCCAUAGCCACAGUUUCAGACUUCUGUGUUGUACUAGUGGCAGCAGACAAGUUAGUUUGAUUUCAAGAAAAUGUCACUCAAGGAUACUGUCUUCCUACUUCUAUUUAUUGAGCGAGAAAUCAGAAUGCCUCUCUCUUCUGUUACUGAAUCCUGGCCUUUUGGAAUGCUUGAAAUAAAAAUAGUUUUCAAAAUC